ACACACACUCUUCCCACUCUCGCUGGGUAGCUUGACCACUAGUUGUGAUGUUAGCCUGUUUUCUUGGACACUCCUAGCGCUUAUUCCUUAACUUCCCUGGUAAUUGCUUCAAAAAACCCAAAACCAUGGCCGAGCAGGCCUCGGGACCUCCUCUGUCGUCCCAACAUGACGAGGUGCUCCAGCAGCGAGUGGCCGCUCUGGAGCAGGAGAGGGCCGAGUUCAUCAAACUCAAGCAGCAGCUGGAGGCCGAGUUCAACCAGAAGCGAGCCAAGUUCAAAGAGCUCUACGUGUCCAAGGAAGAGGAGCUGAAGAGGCAGAACGUGGUGCUGGAGGGCGCCCAGCUCGAGCUGAGCUCCGUCCUGGACCAGCUGUCUCGGGUCCGGAGCGAGAUGGAGACCAUCAAGACUGUCGCCACCUUGUCGGAGAACACCAGGCAGGAAGCCGUCGACCAGGUCCGCAGCCAGUGGCAGGAGGAGGUGGCCUCGCUGCAGGUCAUCAUGAAAGAGACUGUGUGCGAGUACGAGGUCCAGUUCCACCAGCGUCUGGACCAGGAGCGAGCCCAGUGGAACCAGUACCGGGAGUCCGUGGAGAGAGAACUGGCUGAGCUGAGACGCCGCCUCACCGAGGGUCAGGAGGAGGAGAACCUGGAGGACGAAAUGAAAAAAGCGCAGGAGGAUGCAGAGAAGCUGCGUUCAGUGGUGAUGCCCAUGGAGCGCGAGAUCGCAGCCCUGAAAGCCAAACUGACCACAGCUGAGGACCGGGUGAGGGAGCUGGAGGCCUCCAAGGUGAAGGAGCUCAACCACGUUCUGGAGGCGGAGAAGUCGUGUCGUACGGACCUGGAGAUGUACGUCGCCGUGUUGAACACUCAGAAGUCCGUCCUGCAGGAAGAUGCAGAGAAACUACGGAAAGAGCUCCAUGAAGUCUGUCACAAGCUGGAGUUGGAGCGGCAGCAGCACAACCAGCUGAAACACACGUGGCAGAGAGCCAACGACCAGUUCCUCGAGUCGCAGCGUCUCCUCAUGAGGGACAUGCAGCGGAUAGAGAACGUGCUGUCCUCAGAACAGCUCCGCCAGGUGGAGGAGAUGAAGAAGAAAGACCAGGAGGAGGACGAGAAGGAGCGUCUGAGCCAAGUGAAGGAGCAGCAGCAGGAGGAGGAUGUGGGAGACAACACGGAGCCUCUGGAGGAUUAUUACCUCGGGCUGAGCGUCGAGGAGCCUCAUGCCAACCACAGCGCUCACGGCUCCAUGCACUCUUUAGACACCGACGUGGUGGCGGGCGGCCCCGUGGACCCCUACAAGGAGAACCUGCGGCGAGCCCAGUCGACGGACAGCCUCGGCUCCUCGCUGUCCGUCCAGCAGGGCCUCGGCGGACACAACCACAAGGCCAAGUCGGCCGGCCACCUGGACGAGUCGGACUUUGGGCCCCUGGUGGGGGCCGACUGCGGCGCGACGGACACCAGCUUCGGCGAGACGUCGUCCAUCAGCUCCAUGAAGCUGACGAGCCACUUCCUGCUGACUAAAGACCAGGAGAAGGCCAUCAAGGCCAUGACGCCCGAGCAGGAGGAGACGGCGUCGCUGCUCUCCAGCAUCUCUCACGCUACCGACACCUUCUUACCCCCGACGGGCUACAGGCUCGUCAGUGACAGCGAGUGGAACCUGCUGCAGCAAGAGGUGAAGAACGCCGGCAGGAAGCUCGGCCGACGGUGCGACAUGUGCUCCAACUACGAGAAGCAGCUGCAGGCCAUCCAGGGACAAGAGGCGGAGACACGAGAUCAGGUGAAGAAGCUGCAGGUGAUGCUUCGUCAGGCCAACGAUCAGCUGGAGAGGACGAUGGCCGAGAAACAGAAUUUGGAAGAUUCGGUCAAAGUGGGCAACGAGGAAACCGCCGCUAAGGUGUCGGCCUUCAUGCAGAGAGUCCAGGAGUCAGAGCUGCUGCUCAUCUCACUCCAACAGGCCUUCAGUGAAGCGAAGAGCAACACGCAGCAGCAGAUGGCGGUGCUGGUGAAGUCGAGGGAGCAGGUGGCAGACGAGCUGAGCCGACUGCAGAGAGACAACGAGAGCCUGCAGGGCAAACACCGGCUGCAUGUGGAGCUGCAGCAGCAGGAGGACUUCCAGAUGCCAAAUACUGUGCAGGAGCUGCAUGGCCUGGUGCUGCGGCUACGCGAGGACCUGGUAGCGUUGCGGACGUCGGCCGAUCACAUGGAGGAGAAGCUGAAGGCGGAGAUCCUGUUUCUGAAGGAGCAGAACCAGGCGGAGCAGUGUCUGAAGGAGAACCUGGAGGAGACCCUGCAGCUGGAGAUCGAGGGCUGUAAGGAGGAGAUAGCGUCUUUCUGCAGCCUGAAGACGGAGCUGGAGCGAAUAAAGGCGGAGAAGGAAAAGUUGCAGAGCAGUCUAGCUGAGAAGACGGAGACACUGGAGAGCAUCCAGGGCCUGAGGAUCGGCCUGGAGCGCCAGCUCAGAGAGCUCACCACUGCAAAGAGUGCACUAGAGACUCAGGCGUUUGACGAGAAGGGCAAAGCUCAGCGGCUGCAGACGGAGCUGGAUGUCAGUGAGCAGGUUCAGAAGGACUUCGUCAAACUUUCUCAGACCCUUCAGGUGCAGAUGGAGCGAAUACGACAGGCGGACUCUUUGGAUCGAAUCAAAGUCAUCCUCAAUGACACCAACCUGACGGACAUCAACCAGCUCCCGGACACAUGAUGACACUGAACCAAACCCUUCUUUCUCUCAUCACUGGCACCAAUAACAUUAUUGAUCCUUCUCCUCCUCCUCCUCCUCCUCCUCCUCCUCCUCCUCCAUAACCACCACGGAAGAAGAGUUUUAAAAGGACAGACGAUGAGGAGCCUUUUGUUGUUGUGUACAUUAAGGAAACGCACCGUGGAUAGAAUCAUGAAGAUGAACACUACUAAAGGAAAAGAAAAUGUAAAUAAGUAAAUGUGCGACUGUGGACGGAGGGAGUCCAUCUUCCUGUGGGUCUGUGUCUCGUUUCUACUGUAGAUAUACGACUGUAUCUGUAUUAGCUCAACCAAAAAACAACAAAAAAAAAAGUCGUCUUCUAAAAGCGCUUUUCAUCUGCAGCUUCUCUUUCCAGGUAAAUAUAGAAACUAUUGGAUGCGUAACUUUUCUCCUUCUUGUUCUCGAAGUGGUUGAUAAUCGGUUCCUUGUUCUUCUCCUCUUCCUCCUUUCUGGCUACUUUUCUGUGACGUUUCUCCUCUUUGUUUCACCGUGUGACAAAGACGCGAUGAAGGAGAUUCAUGGAAAAACACUUAACUGAGACAAAAAAAUACAAAUUGAGCAAUACCCUCCAUAUCUUAAACAUCUUCUACUGUAUCUUUGCUUUGUUCUUAACGUCUGAGACUUUUUUUUUAAUAGCUGCAGAAAUACAGUGAAGAAACAUUCAUGUCUUGUUGCUACGUUUUUGUUUUUCACACUUGUUUCUUGAAGAGAUAAUUUGGAUUGAUUUUAAGUGUGGUUGUAUGAGGUACUUCUAUGUACUGAGUGUAUUACUACAAUAGAAACAGACAGGACUACCAGCAUAAAGUAAUCUUCUGCUGUGGACGUAUUUUAGACUCUCAGUUUAAAUGAACGCUAUAUUUAGAGUAUUUUCACCUCUUUACCUGGCUGUCAAACAUAACUUUCUGACGGGGAAUUGAAGCAGUUAUCUCUGCUCUCUUUAAAGCCACGAGACUCCAUUGACAGGAACACAGGAGGUUGCUGGUUUACAGCCGUCUCGAUCGGUUAGUUUGUUUGUGUUGUUGUGUGACUUUGGUGUUUUAAAGGGUUAGUUCAGAUUCACCGAAGUCACACCAAAACACAAACUAACUAACGGAUCAAGUUAGCGAAAGACCAGAAACUCCUUUGUUCUGAGCAGUAAAAUGACUGUUUCUGUGUGAGGAGUCUGGUGGCUUUAAAGAGAGCAGAGAUAACCGCUUCAGUUGUCUGACAGCAAGGCAAAAAGGUGAAAAUACUCUUGUACACUUAAGCUGAUAUAGAUUCUGUUAGGCGUACAUUACUUUGUGUUGGUACUCUCUUUCUACUGGAGGUAAAUACACUGACUGAUCACACUUUAAAACACUCAAACUGUCUCUUUAUGGACACAGUUCUUAUCAGAGUCAAACAAAUGGCUUGUUGAAGAAGUGUAAAAGGAAAAUAUUGGAUUUUAAUACACACUGCUCCUUUUUAUUGAUUUAUUUUUAGAGUAUCUUUCUAUGAUUCUAAAGCUUCUCGAGGGGCUUUUAGAUCAGAAUGAAAGAGCUCAGCGUCACAACACACGGACAACAAGUUAAUUAUUUAGGUUAGUUAUUAAAGGACACUUUCAGACACUGGGAGGAAAAACUAAAACAUUCAUUCAUUCAUCACUAUAAGAACUCAUCUUAUCACUUCUGAUGUGAACAACACCGUGAAUGUUCUCAAGGAACCACUUUAAACCGAAACACAUUGUUCAAACCAGUUCUUCUGUAGAAGGUUAUUUAAACUCCUUCAAAUAGCAACACUUAAAAGAACGUGUGAAGAUUUGUUCUCCAGACACACUAAAUAUUAAAAAAAGAUAAAAACACAAAGUACUCUGCACAGAUCUAAGUGUGCGGGUAUCUCUCCCAUCAGUUUGAACUCUUUGAUACUUCAGCACCUGCGUUGAGAUCAAAGCAGGUGGAUAACGUCCUCAUUCACUCAGUUGUUCACAUUAAAAGUCACUUUUCUCAGAGUUAUUUAAAGAAAACAAGGAAAACCGGAACUCCUUUCACUCCUCAACACAACUGGCUGCAGGGCGUCAUUGUCUAGUUUCGUAAAGUUGCAAAAAAAAUUAAUUGAACAGAUUUAAAGUUUCUGACGCUCUUUGUUUUAAAGCAAAACCGAGGCCUACACACACACUGAAAAUUAAACAAUUGUGCUUUUUAAUAAUCCAUAUUUAAAUCCAGUCUGAUUUUUAAAUACAGGCUAAUAAUUAAAGUGGAAAAAUCACUCAAACUUCUACAUUUUAGAGGAAUAAUAUGAUUUUUUGGAUCCUCAGCUAAUAUUAUAUAUUGUUAUAAUAUCUUCUUGAAUGAAUGAAUUUGAUGGAGAGUAAGAGGUUGAAAAAAAACGAAUCCUGAAAUGGAGCAACGGAUUCUCUU